UGCCUAGUCGCCUUCGCUGUUCCAAUUUCUAAAGCCUCUCUCUCUCGCCUCGCCAGUCGCCCCGGCCACCAAAACCCUAACCCUAGCCCCGGAGCUCCGGCGCCGCGCGCGCACCACGGAAUGGACGGCGGAGGGACGCACCGCACGCCGGAGGACGUGUUCCGGGAUUUCCGCGCUCGCCGGGCCGGUAUGAUCAAGGCGCUCACCACCGAUGUGGAGAGGUUCUACCAGCAGUGCGACCCAGAAAAAGAGAAUCUGUGCCUGUAUGGUCUACCCAAUGAAACGUGGGAGGUGAACUUGCCUGCGGAGGAGGUUCCUCCAGAACUUCCUGAGCCAGCACUUGGAAUUAAUUUUGCUCGGGACGGGAUGGAUGAGAAAGAUUGGCUGUCACUUGUUGCGGUGCAUAGUGAUGCCUGGCUGCUAGCAGUGGCCUUCUACUUUGGAGCAAGAUUUGGGUUUGAUAAAGAAUCCAGGAAGCGGCUUUUUAGCAUGAUAAACAACCUCUCCACCAUAUAUGAGGUUGUCACGGGAACUGCAAAGAAACAGGUUAAAGAAAAAAACCCCAAAAGCAGCAGCAAGAGCAAUAAAUCUGGUACAAAGCUAUCUCGUCAGCCAGAACCCAACUCGAGGGGUCCAAAGAUGCCACCUCCGAAGGAUGAGGAUGAUAGUGGAGGCGAGGAAGAGGAAGGAGAAGAACAUGAAAACGCAUUAUGUGGUGCGUGUGGUGACAACUACGGACAGGAUGAAUUCUGGAUUUGUUGUGAUGCUUGUGAGACAUGGUUCCAUGGUAAGUGUGUGAAGAUCACUCCUGCCAAAGCUGAGCACAUCAAGCACUACAAAUGCCCGAAUUGCAGCAGCAGUAGCAAGAGAGCUAGAGCAUGAUAUUGGAUUCCUCCAUGGCUUAUGUCUGAAGAACCAAGAAUUUGACUCACUGUAAAGGCCCAUGGGAUGGAAUGCCCAAUGGUUGCGCAUUCAGUUGUUGCUCUGAGAUUAGGACCAGCUUUAGGGGUCUUGAUGUGUUGUUAUUUGGUGUAUGUCGGGGACACUAGAUUUUCCUUUAGUAGCAACUAAUUGUAACAGCUUGUAUUUCUUGGAGCCGUCUUGGUGCACCUCUUCUGGACUCUAGUGUCUUAGAUUUCAAUUGCGUAUCAUGUCAUUAUGUACUUCUGUAGUUGAAAAAAAAUGUAUGCUGUUAUUUUCAGUUUCACUUGGAAGUUUUGAUUUUCCA